CGGAAGUGAUGACGUGUGCGGGGCAAAGAGUGUGCUAGAGAGCUGGGGUUCAUUGACUGGCUGGGCUGCUACCAAUAAGGCAUCAAUAAUCGAUUGGUGAUCGAUAGCCCCAGGCUGAUUGGCAGCCAUGGAGACUUUAUAUCACCAGAGUAACAAGUGAGUGUCAGAGCUGGGCUGGUGGGGGAGAUUUGAGCUUUAUAUCCCCAGGGGGGCCAUUAUGGUCUAUCCCAGGGCUUUAUAUUGGGGUCACAGACAGGGGGGAUAUCUCCACCCUGGGGGGUAUUCACUAAACUACGAAUUGGGGGGAAUGGAAACAAAUAUGAAAAUUUUGGGGGGGUAAAACUAGCCAAACUGGUGACUAUAGCUGAGUUGGGCAAAUGUUUGUUUAAUUUUUUGUCCAAAAAAUGUAAAAAUUUGUGAUAAUUCAUUCACAUUUUUAGGGAAUUUUAAACCUUUUUCGCUGGUUUAUUUUGGUAAUCAGCAAAUCCUUUUAGAUCCGAAUACUGAAUUGCGAAGUUAAGAUUAAAAUGAUCUAAGGCAGAUAUAGUGACAGGUUGGCUUUUUUUUUUUUUUUAGCCUAGAUUUCGCAAUUCAGCUUUCUGUUUGCAAGGUGGUGAGUAAAUCCUUGGGUGGUUUCCUACAUGCAUAAUUUUAAAUUUAUUUAUGCUCACGUCGCCAUUACCACUACAUGGGCACUAUAGUGGUAAUGGUGCUUGGAGUUUCCUUUUAAAAAUUCAAAAGUUUGGCUGUGGUGGACUUAAUUUCUGAUGGUGUUUAGUCAUCCCUUACACUGGCUAAACAACAUAUUAACUGUAAGAUUCUAAAAGGCAGAGGGACGAACAUUAGUGCUCACCUCUUCUAGGACGGCCAGACUAAAUAAAAAAAAAAAAAAAAACUUAGUUCUGAUAUGUUCAAUUUCCAUAAACCUCUAUGGAUAAUGAUGACAUAUGUUCACUCAUCAGUUAUUGCUAUAAACAAAAUACACAAUUAAUAAUAUGUGUUGAGAAAUGCUUUUAGACCUUCUUUUCUGCCCUCACCUACUCUUCUUUUUACUUGAUUUUCCUGCCCUAUGUGUUUCUUUCAGGCAUGUCCAUGAAGUUCAGUCUCACAUGGGACGUCUGGAGACGUGUGACAAGCAGUCAGUGCACCGUAUGUAUCCAUACAGCUAUUUUAAAACUUUGCUGCCCUACUGUAGAACAUUUAAACACAUGCUGAUUUACUGUAUUCUGAAACCAGUUCAUAAGUGGGCCUGGCAUGAACAGAUCUAUGUGGAUAGGAAUUGAUCCUAAUAAGCUCUUGAUGGCUUUUGCAACAGUACUGAUAUAACUGUGGGAAUUAAGGGGUUACAUCUUAUUGAAUAACAACAACAACACAAGGAGUGUCACAUCUGGCCUGCCUUGUCAGCUGCACUGCUCUAGAGAGUUAUACACAACUCUCAGAGGUAAAAUAAAAAAUAUUUUAGCAUAGAGUUGUUAUUGUAGAUGGGUUGAUCUCCUGCAGUGCAAACUGUAUCAGAUACAAAAGGGGGACCAAUUCCUUAUUUAUUGAGUCAAGUCUGAGAUUCUUAACUAUUACAUUUGAUCUAAAAUAAAACUCUUAGCAAGAUAUGAAUAUACACUUUUAUAUGGAGUAGCAACCAGGCACAGUCAGAAAAACCGAAAUGAUAGGUGUUAAUAUACAAUUAUCAGUUGGGGUAUGUAUUAUAUAUAUAUCUACUUUGUUGCCGAUUCCAUUACAGGCAAACCACAUUCAAUCUAUGUUCCCCUCUUGGUUUCGGGUCUGUAACUUGUAAAUAUUGGUUCUGGUUUUACUUCUUCUCCUUCAUUCAACACUUUGCCUUUACCCUCUGUUUAUAUAGGGUUAAUCUUAUCUGUGUAACUUGAAAAUGCUCACGUCAUUUCUGGCAUCACAAAGCUCGUUUUCACAUUACUCACCCUCCAAUCAGAUCUUCACAGUAGCAUAUUUAACGGUUUUCCGUUCACUUCAUUAAAUGUCUUGAGAAAAGUCUGAAUAGACUGAAACAUCGACUUGUUUGUGUGAACCACUGUAUUUGCUUAAUAAACCAACAGUUUGAAACUAUUAUUAAGACUCCAAAGUGCUCUCUACGUUAUACACUACGUUAUACACACACACACACACACACGCGCGCGCUUUAGUCUAAGUCUGUUGUGACACCAUUAUUUGGAGCAAAAUGUAGCAAAUCUCUGUGAUGGUAGUAUCAAAGUCUCGUGCAGUGCAGAAGAGCAGCAGAGCUAAGUGCAUUUUUUUUUUUUGCAUUCACUCCAGACUCUGUGCAGUAGUAUUUACUGGGAGGUGAGAGAACAAGGAGUUUAAAAUGCAUUUAUAAAAUAGCCCUAUGCAACAGGAAGGAAUUGGCUGUUUUAUUCCUAUUCUAGAUUAUCUGAAAUGCAUUUUUAAAGACCAAUGCUAUAACGUUUCAUGAAUGGGUGCAAAUUAACUUUGGAUACAGGAAAAGGUGGUUUUGCGCACACAGUGGAUGCUUGAUGAGAUAAUCUGCAACAUAGACAGCUAUCAUAGGGCAAUAUGCAUAAACCAAUAACUGGUAUAAGAAAUAAUUAGGAGCACUCACACUUUAGAGAGCCAUAUGAGUCGGCUCUCUACUGUAGUAGCAUGUAGAAUACACUGUAGUUGAAGUGGUCCCCCAGGAACAAGAGUCUGGAUACAAUCAGGAACCAAAAAUAAAAUAUAAAUAAAGUAUUUUAUUUAGAAAUAAAAACUGGAUAAGCACAAUGCGUUUCGACCAUUCAAAAGGGUCUUCUUCAGGUGCAAUGGGGGACAACUUCAACUACAGUGUAUUCUACAUGCUACUACAGUAGAGAGCCGACUCAUAUGGCUCUCUAAAGUGUGAGUGCUCUUAAUUAUUUCUUAUACCAGUUAUUGGUUUAUGCAUAUUGCCCUAUGAUAGCUGUCUAUGUUGCAGAUUAUCUCAUCAAGCAUCCACUGUGUGCGCAAAACCACCUUUUCCUGUAUCCAUUUGUAUUAAUGUAAGUGUUUUAUAGGUGACUAAAACACUGGUUUGGUUUUAGACGCACUGGGAUUUGUUAUUUAUCUAUUUUUUGUUUAGCGCCACUUAUCCUAUUGUUUGUGUUUACAAAUGAACUUUGCAACUUAUCACCGGGUUUCUAUUUAGUGUUACACACUGUAACCGGAUUACAUAACCGUUUUCUUUAUUCCAUAAGCACUUUGUGGAUACAGUUUGAAGAACAAGGUGCAUGUUUACUAUAUGCCCUGCAUAUUUCUCUUUUUGUAGUUGUGGAGAAUGAAAUCCAGGCAAGAAUCGAUCAGAUAUUCAGUAAUCUGGAGCGACUGGAAAUCCUGGCCAGUAAAGAACCCCCAAGUAAAAGACAGAACGCCAAACUGUGAGUAAUGACGGCUGAGAGUUAUUUCACUUAUUCUGUUCUUCAGUGUACAGCCAUAUAUAAUACAUGUGACACAUACCAGGACUUGACAAAUGUGCUUUGAAUCUAGAAACCAGCUAAAAAGUUAGGAGACAGGUUUUUUUUUUUUGUUUGUUUUUUGUUUUUUUUAAACUAACAAAGCUUUAUUUUCAGUGACAAAAAAAAACAUCUUAAAGGGACACAAUAGUAACUAAAACUACUACAGCUUAAUGUAGUUGUUCUGGUGUCUAUAGCCUGAAAACACCAAGAAUAAGCAGUGUUUUUACAUUGAUGCCUAGUAAAAAACCUCUAGUGGCAUCUAUGUUCAGUGUCUCCACGCUCUGCUUCGAGGUGCUGAAUGUUCCUCAUAGAGAUGCGUUGAUUCGAUAGCGCAAUAACUUCCCAAUGCUUUCCUAUGUGAAAGCAAUGGGUUGGCUGAGAUCAUAAAGAUUGAUGAUCUCAGCCAUACAGACAGAACGCUGCAGCAUGGGAAAAAAAGGUGAGUAAAAACACUUACCCAUGUGAUUGGAGGGACGCAGGUCACCUAGAUAAUUUAACACUAUAGUGUCAGGAAUAUGUGAUUGUAUUCCUGUCACUAUAAUGUUCCUUUAAAUUUACACAUAAAUAAGAUUAGAACCGAACGUCAUGGGCAUUUACCUGCAGAUAAUAAAUAUAUUCUGACGUGACACACCAGAUGUUUUUAGCAAUGCAUCAGUUGUUUCCACAUGGUUUUUUGUGCUAAUGAACAGGCCUUGCAUUUUUACGAUUACAGUAUCAAUACUCACAUUUACUCACUGACACACACACUUCUCUCAAACACUCACAAAUAUGAUUUGUUUUAUUUUAAUUAACGUCCAUCCUCCCUACUUUUGGGAGAGCUGAAGUGGUCCAGUGUGGAUCCUGUACCCGGGGUCCAGUGGAGCUGCUGGGAUCCUGUACUCUUCAAGCUCUUCUUGUCCGCUCCGUUAAGUGAAGAAGGGGCCAGGGUGAUGUCGUAUCACAGCAGGGCCCACAAGGGAGCAGAGCAAGAAGAGCAGGAAUAUUACAGCUCACUCACAUCUGCCUCCUUUGCUCACAGUCACCCAUCUCAGGGGGCCCUAAAGUUACCAGCUCUUUGCCCCCCACGAUAGAUGGAACACAGAGGGCCCAGUCGUACUCGUGACCUCAACGACCCCUGUAUUCCGCCACUGCACCAGCUGUGUUAAAUGGGCUGACAAACAACUAGUCGCCAUGGUGACCUGGUGAAUGUGAUUUGUAGAGCCCUGACAUAUACAAUGAUAAUGUAAUGUGCACUGACCCAAUAGCCAAUACAUUAUGUAUUCUGUAUAGGUCUCGGAAUCCACUAGUCACUGGCAUAGUGUGCGGAGGCUUGCAAUGACGAGUACAUUUUAAGGCCUUGCUAUUGGCAUAUGACUUUAAAUAUUAGGCCCUGUGCGUAUAUGUACAGUGCAUUCAGAAAUUAUUUAGACCCCGUUCUUUCUUUUUUUAUAUUGCAACCAUACUAUAUUACGCGCACACGCUGCACUUUGUUUUUUUGGGGUUUUUUUCUGUCUGACUUUAUAUAAUUCUGUGAAGUGGUUUUCUGAGCCGCAAAAAAAAAAAUAGAUAUUCCUGUUUGCAGAGCUAAUUUUUUUUUUUUUUUUUAUUACAUCAUUGCAGAUUUUCUCCAGCUGUGUGAAUCUGCCCAAUGAAUUCUGACACACACACAGCUGUACACUUACUAGAAAAGACCAAAAAAAACCCCACUUUUUAAAUUUUUGUCUUGAGAAAAAUGCACUACAUUUUUUUUUUUUUUCCUAUUUUUAAUUAUUGUGUAUUUUUACUCGCAAGCAGUAGUGUUGAAACCUUAAAAUAAACAUAUAUUAACACAUUCUGCAUAGGAGAAUAGCUGGAAAGUUAAGAGAGACAAAGCACAAAUCUAAACGGAUUGCUCUCAGUACUGGAAUUCAGAGCGAGACCAGCAUAGAGGAGUCCGUGGAAGAAAAAAAAAAACUCAAAAUAUUUGAAAGGCUGAUCACAGCUGUGCAUCAGAAUUCAGAUUGUUAGUGACUUCUUAAUUAUUUAUUUUUGGGCCAAGUAUGGCAACAUUCUACCCACCUAAACUGUUUAAUUUGGUAGCAGUGUGUCUUUAAUUAAAGAGCAUAUUCACCUAUUUUAAGGAGAGUAAUGGAUGUACAUUUAAAAACAAUAUUUCCAAAACUUUGGUUCCAUGCACUUGAGGUGUGUGCUAUGUGUAAUUUGUCUUUUGCUGAAUGUAGGGAAUCAUGGGAUAAUUUGUAAUCUUCAUUGAGUGCUGUGCUCAGCCAGAACAACUUUACAUUUGAUGAAAUUAGAUAGUUUAUUGUUUGCGUAUUUAAAAAAAAAAAAUGUGGGGGCUAAUGUUUAAAUAAGAAUCAUAAUGCAUAAUGUUUGCACUAUGGUUCAUCCAAGACUUUACACAGCCAUGAUGGGUUUCUCUCAACCAACUCGUCUUUUAUGUGUCUCUGCACCCUAGGACCCCUGAAUAUGACUACGUUUUACAAUUUUUGAGUAGGGGAGAAUCCAUCUUAUUCUUUAAUUAGAGGAAGCUGUUGGCAGGAUGUAUUUUCCUUUUUAUAGGUAUCAUUAGAUACGUCUGCGAAGCAUGGAAUUUGUUAACGAAACAUUUUUUCUGUGAACGGAAGCAGGAACACAAUUCUCUACAAUCUACUGCCUCAAAAGCUCCUGUCAUAUGUUUUUUGUUUUUUUUAAUGGGUUGAAAAAAAUGUUUGUGGCCAUAUCUGCGACAUAAUCUGGACGUGAAAUAGUUGUUGAAUAGAUCAGAAUAAUCAUUUACAAAAGAGGCAGGAGGGAAUUGUGAUAGUUCUGAGACUGGCAUGCACCCACUCUCCCAGAUCACCCCCCACUUACGCAUACUUUUAGAUUCCAUACCCCCUCAGGGCGGUUUUGUGAAGCUUUUUAUUGAGGCAGGUCAUAAAAAGGGCACAGAACAGGUUUCCUGUGUACAGUUGUGGGGCCUGUGAGCUGCGUUUCCACACUGAGCAGGUAAAUGCUUGUUAACUCUUUCUGUGGCAGCCCUUGGCCACGUGACCAAACUCACAGGAUCUAGUCCAUGUACAAGUCAUGUAGUAGUUAUGGUAUUUUAGAAAGUUGACCUGAUAUGAAACUUUGUGUCUGGCAAUGGAUUAUGUGAAUUGCAGUGCUACAACAUCUGGAUUGUGACAGCCCUUACAUCAGGCUUUUAAGUUCUGUAGGCCAGAAAUUUCUAACGUUUUGCUAUACUUACCAUAAUCUUAGUUAGAUAAUCACCUUGCUGAGUGCCAUGGAAAGCUUAGUCCACACUGGAAGAAUGCCAAAGGUUACCUGUCAGUCAAUAAGGCUAAUCUAAAUUCACUUUUUCACUUAACAGCAAGUUCAGAGGAUACUGCACUGCCCAAGUAGUAGUGCUUUUAGUAUACAUUUUCAAUUAAAACACUAGCUACUGUUUGCUCUAGACACAUUUUCAGGGUCAUUGCUCAAUAAUUUUUAUUUCGUGGUCUGGGACCUAACACAUGCGUAUUUGUUUUCCCUCUUUCUCUCACUAUCCAAUAGCGUAAUCAACUUUUAUAUUAUUUUGUUUAUAGGCGUGUAGAUCAGCUCAAGUAUGACGUGCAACAUUUACAGACCGCCCUGCGAAAUUUCCAACAUCGGCGAUACGCCCGGGAGCAACAGGAGAGGGAACGGGAAGAGCUGUUAAUGAGGAAUUACACCACAAAUGUAAUUAUCUUUAUGAUCCAAGGAAAAUUAGACAUUGAAAAAGGGGUUGAAAAUCCGGUUAACAAAAACUUCCAUUUCAUUUUGGUGCAUAUAAAAACCUUAAUAAAUAUUUUCCCUUUGUUAAAGGGACAUCGCUGAUUGGAAUCAAUUUCCUGUUUUAGAUAGAUAAUAUAGGUGAUGCUUCAAAGAAAUUGAAAAAAAAAAGACAUUCCUCUACAGCUCACUCUUUAAAGGGACACUCUAAGCUCAAAUACAAAAAUGUAGUUUUGGUGUAAAGAACAUGCCCCUUCAUUCUCAUUCUUCAAUUCUCUGCCAUUUAUUAGUCAAAUCAUAUUGUUUCUGUUUGUGCAGCCCUAGUCACACCUCCCUCAAAAAGUUUCAUUUUCAAUCAGAUCUUACAGCACAGUGUGUUUAAUUUAGAAGUUUCCAUCUGCUGUUCUGUUAAUUGAACUUUAAUCACACACAGGAGGCUCCUGCAGGGUCUAGAAGGCUAUUAACAAAGCGGCAAAUUGGAAAUUCUAAAUUAAAGAGACUGAACAAUUAAGGUUAAAAAUAGAGUUUAAACAUUGCAUCUCAUUUUACAGGAAGUGUGUGUACAGAAACUGCAUAGGUCACGUGCAGGUGUGUUAGGUUUGCUUAUGUGUUAUUACAAUUCAUUUAACAGUGCAGGAAAUAACUUCUAAAGUAAACACACUCGACUGCACAAUCUAAUUGAAUAUUAUAACAUUUUUACAUGUUGGCUGUGGGAGAUGCAUCAGAGGAGGUGUGGAUCGAGCAUAAACAGAAACAAAAGUUAUUUAGCUUCUUAAUAGCAGAGGAUUGAGCAGUGAGACUGCAUGGACAUGAUCUAUACACCAAAACUGCUUCAUUAAGCUAAAGUUGGUCUGGUGCUUAGUGUCUAUUUAAAGUUUUCCCCAGGCAAGAAUCAGUCUUCUUUUUGACUAGGAAUAGGUUCCCUCUAUUAGUAAGCCCUCAUUCUGGAGUCUGAUCAUAUUCCUUAAACCCCUGUGCAGCAAAUAGCAAGAGUAUAUGGGAAUUAGUUGAACUGCUCAAUAAGCAGAUAGUAACCAUAGCAGUGUAGUUUAUUCUUCAAAAGCUUGUGAUCUCACUGUUGGCCAUCUAGUAUUAAAAAUAUUUUAUGCAUCACUGAAUUAUUAAUUGUGACUACCUGAAAAAUGUUUCUUUGGCUUCUAAAGUCUAUACAGAUUUCAUUAUUUUUCUUUCCUAUCUAUUGCACAAUUUGCUCAUUUAAAUUAAACAUUUUGGAUAAAUAAGGCAAAACAAUACUGAUCUAGAAUAAUUUUAAUUCGAUUCCCUGUAAUCUUUUAAAAAAGUGCACCCUGAAAUUGAAUUUCUCUGCAGUCAUACAUGAAGUUUGCAAUUUUCACUAUAUGUACUGGGCUAAGCAUUAUAGCUGGGGUGGCCAAAAGGUUGACCCCCACGGUAUUGUAAGCCUACAGCUUCCGCAAUGCUUUGUUAGCUUUUUUGCCACCCCUACGUUACAAAAUUCUCCCUGGAUUACAUAACCAAAGGGGUUCCCCCUCCCCCAUUUCUCACACAGGAUUCAGAGACCUCCAUACAUAUUGAUGAGACCCUCCAGUUUAAUUCCUCCGUUCGUAACGCCCACCAAGGGAUAGACGACCUUCUGGGGAGUGGGAGCAAUAUACUUGAAGGGCUGAGGGACCAAAGGAAGACCUUAAAGGUGGGGAGUAAGUGGGGAACAACAAAAUGUGGUUUGGAGGGGGGAGUCGUCUCAAAAUGAAAAGGGGUACGACUGGGAACCAUUGCUUGAUUUGGACUGAAGAUAACACAUGUUUGUUCAUUUAUUUUUUUUAUUUAUUUUUUUACAGUAAAUCCUCCUCACACGGCUCAUUACCCUCCACUUAUUCAGGUGGCUGCCUGUUUCUAGACAGUGGUUCUUAACUUUUUUUUUGGCAGGAACCCAAAUUAUGUACAUGACAUUACCUUAAAUUAUGUACAUAGUAUUAGCUUGGUGACUUAUUAUUCUAUUGGAAAAUUAGCUUAUUAACUUAUCCUUCGGAUGUAAUAUUGAUACAUUUAUUGUACACAAAACUCCUUUUAUUAAAUUCGUAGUAAAAUCAAAGAGAAAAAAAUUGAUAUUACAGUAAAUAACUUAUUGUGCACAAUGGCAUGAUGAAUAUCAUGAAUCUAGAUUUUUGUGGGGUUGAGAACCAGGGGAUAAAACACACUGGCCUAGACUAAAGUUAUACAGAAAAUGCAAACUUCAAAAGAAAUUGGCACUUUAAAAAAAUUAAAGUAACACUAUAGUUUGGAAUAAAUGAUAAGUUGUCUGUUCCUCCCACCCCCACUAGUGGAGAUAAAAGUGUGUUUACUCACUUGCCAUGCCGAUUUUGUCCCGGCUGACACUGCCUCCAUGGCAGAGAUCAUUUGGAAAAUAGUGAUCACAAUAUGGUAAUGUUUGGGAAAAAAAAAACCUCAAAAAAGCAAAAGCAUGUGAGUGUACUAAAACAUAUAAUUUAAAAAAACAAUUUCAAUAAGAUUAGGGCAGCUCUACAACAUAUCGACUGGCAUAAACUCCUUAGUGAAAAAAACACUGAGGAUAAAUGGAAACUAUUCAAACAAAUAUUAGAAAGGUAUAUUUCUCAGUAUGUACCAUUGGGUAAUAAAUAUAAAAGAAACAAAAUAGAAACUAAUGUGGCUUAGUAGAGAAGUAAAACAAGAGAUUAAGAAAAGGGCAUUUAAAUCGGACAAAUCAGAGGCAUACUAUAUAAGAAAGCCAAUAAUGCUUGCAGUGAAAGUGGCUAAAUUAGAAAAUGAGAAAUUUAUAGCCAAAAAUGCAAAACCAACCCCAAAUUUUUUUUCAAGUACAUCAAUAAAAAAGCAAAAAAUGAAAGUGUAGUUCCACUGGAAACAGAGAUGGGUCUGUUAGUACAUGAAGACCAGGAAAAGGCAGACAUUUUAAAUAACUAUUUUUCUUCAGUAUAUAUUAAUGAGAAUCCUAUGGCAAGAGAUAUGCAAAUGAUUACUGCAAAAAACUUGCAGAUAACUUGUGAUUGGAUGACUCGAGACAAGGUGCUACAGCAGUUAAAGAAAAUGAAUGUAAAUAAAGCUCCGGGGCCUAACUGUAUUCACCCACAAGUACUUAAGGAGCUAAGUGGGGAAAUAAGUGAACCUCUGUAUUUAAUCUUUCAAGAUUCUUUUGUUUCAGGUAUUGUACCGGAUGAUUGGAGGAAGGCAGAUAUCGUUCCUAUAAUUAAAAAGGGUUGAAUAUCCUUGCCUGGAAAUGAUAGACCUGUGAGCUUAACGUCUGUGACUGGGGAAAUAUUUGAAGGGCUAUUAAUGGAUAAUAUUCAGGAAUUCAUUGGGAAGAACUUUAUUAGCAAUAAUCAGCAUGGUUUUAUGAAACAUAGGUCAUGUCAAACUAACCUAAUUGCAUUCUACGAAGACGUUAGUAGAAGUAUAGAUCGGGGUGUUGCAGUGGAUGUAAUCUACUUGGAUUUUGCCAAGGCAUUUGAUACGGUUCCUCACAAUAGGUUAGUCUUCAAACUAAAAGAAAUUGGUCUUGAUGAAUAUACUUGUUCUUGGGUAGAACAUCGGCUUAAGGAUAGAGUACAACGAGUUGUCGUUAAUGGCAUAUUUUCAGACUGGAUGUAAGUGGUGUCCCUCAGGGUUCUGUUUUGGGACCGCUUCUAUAUAAAGUAUUUAUAAAUGAUCUUGCAAUAGGCAUUGAAAGCCAUGUCUUAGUGUUUGCAGAUGACACAACUUUGUUAAGUAAUAAAAUGUGAGCAGGAUAUUGCAUUGCUGCAGAGGGAUUCAGAUAGAUUGGGGGACUGGGCACGAAAAUGGCAGAUGAAAUUUAAUGAAGAGAAAUGCAAAGUUAUGCACUUCAGGGUCAAGAAUGCACAAGCAACUUGCAUCCUAAAUGGUAGUAAAUUAGGGAUAACUACACACGAGAAGGAUUUGGUAAUUGUUAUAGACAACAAAUUAGGCAGCAAUAUGCAAUGUCAAUCUGCAGUUGCUAAGGCCAGUAAGGUUUUUGUAAAGUAUAAAUAGGGGCAUAAAUUCUCAGGUUGAAAAUACCAUUUUGCCUCUAUAAAUCGCUGGUAAGACCACACCUUGAAUAUGCUGUGCAAUUUUGGGCACCUGUUCUAAAGAAGGAUAUCAUGGCACAAGAAAAAGUGCAGAGACAAGCUACAAAAUUGAUUAAAGGAAUGGAGCAUUUUAGUUACGAAUGAAAUUUAAACCUCUUUCAUUUGGAAAAAUGGCGCCUGAGAGAGGAUAUGAUAACAUUAUACAAAUAUAUUCGGGGCCAGUACAAACCAUUAUCUGGAAAUCUAUUCAUAAACAGGGCUAUACAUAGGACACAAGGUCACGCAUUUAGGCUGGAAGAAAGGAGAGUUCAUCUAAGGCAAAGAAAAGUUUGUUUUUUUUUACAGUGAGAGCAAUAAGGAUAUGGAAUUCUCUGCCUGAAGAGGUGGUUUUAUCAGAGUCUAUACAGAUGUUUAAACAGAAAUUAGAUAAAUACUUACAAAAACAUAACAUACAAGGAUAUAAUUUCUAAUUAGUGGGGCAAUAGCUGAUUGUUCCAAGGACAUAUCUGACUGCUUUUUUGCUGUCAAGAAGGAUUUUUUUCCCCAGUUUGUUGCAAAAUUGGAAGCGCUUUAGACUAGAUUUUUUGCCUUCUUUUGGAUCAACAGCAAAAACAUAUGUGAGGAAGGCGAAACUUGAUGGGCGUACGUCUUAGAUAAGCCAGUUGUUUUACUUUCAGGUGUCUCAUGACUAACAUCCUGUCUGUAUACAGCUUGGGUUUGCAACCAACACUGGCAGUAUAUAACUGUCAUACUUUUAGAUGUACUGUAUGACUAAUAUUUGUGUCUGCCUGGCCAUCAGAAGUUCUGUGUGGCUAGAUCGUGGCUUUGGGGAGUAUUUUAUGGCAACUAUUGUGUGUCUAUGGCUUUUAUAGUAUUGUAUGUCUCUUUGUGGCUUACAUAAAUAUUGUAGGCCUUGUAGUGGAGCCUUCGUGGGUUUAUGAAAUAUUGUAGGCCUUGUAGUGGUGUCUGGGUGUCCUUCAGAGGUGCUCUAUGCCUUGCCGUUCUGCCUGUAUGGCUGGAAUUCUAUGCAUUGUUUUUAAGUUUAGAAUGGCCUAUCGGCUUCCUGUAAAAUGUUCUGAUUCUUUAUUUGCAGGACCAUUGGCGAUGUUUCGUCAUGAAAUGUCCAUACUUAAUCUAUGUAUCCAGACGUGAAUCAAAAUUUUAUUUCACAAUGACCCUUGCUUUGUUUUUUUUGUUUUCGUUCUCUAAUUUUUAUUUGAUUGCUAACACCCCUCUCCACUUGAUUUCUCCCCUGAGUGUUACUGCCUGUUCCAACUCUUUUCUUUUUCAACAGGGAACCCAAAAGAAGAUCCUAGAUGUUGCAAAUAUGUUGGGCCUCUCUAACACGGUUAUGCGUCUGAUUGAAAAGAGAGCGUUUCAAGACAAGGCCAUCAUGAUUGCAGGGAUGCUGCUAACUUGUGUCAUCAUGAUUCUCGUGGUCAAGUACCUGACAUGAAACCUGGGCUCCCAGCAUAAUUGUUUAGAAUGCCUUAGGUUCUCUCCUCUCCUCUCUGCUCAUCCUGAUAUUCAGCUGUGAAAAGUCAAAUUUUGCCACUGAGGACAGAGCGAGGGGGGGGGGGGGAAGAAACCCAGGCAAAAUACUGACUAAUGUACAGGACAUCAAUGGCGUAAUUCCAGUGGCAAUCUAGCCCCCGUGACUAUUUUAUUUAAUAUUCCUCAACUCGCCUCCCUGGUCACAUUGCUUGUUCCCUGCUAAAAUAUGUGAUACUUUGGAGCUCACUAAAGGAAUACUUAAUAGCAACUGUAAUAUGUUAAUGCAGAUGGACUCAUUGGGCAGGAAGAGGCAACCAGUCCAUGAAAGGCUGGCCAAGGACAAAAAGCUCGCAAAUUAGCCCAUAUGGGAACUGGUCAAUUGGUGGAAAUACAUCCAUACCCUACCAUUCAUCAAUGAAAGGACGGAAAAUGCUGUUUACGGUGUAACUACGAGAAAUGUGUAACGUGUGCAGUGGGCAGAAAACUGAAAUUUGAAAAGAAACUAAUUUAUUUCAUUUUUUUAUUUCUUUCUUUAAACCAGUCUCUACAUAUUUGGUUGCUGGUCUGCCAUCUACAUGCUUUGAUGAGAAAAUUAUGGGGCUGCAUUUCUAAUUCCGAAAGCACUGGCAGAGAGCAGGAACCUAUCUGUUUAGGAAGUUUGUUUUCUUUGGUCAUUAUCAAAUGCUCUCGUUGAUCUGUUACUGCUGAAAUGCAGAAUGUCGAUGUAAACAUUUUAAGUUUAAUUCUGUUCUGGACUAGUCUCAACUGCUUAAUUUUGGAAUUAAAGCUAUUCCUUCUGCAUUGACUGAUUAAUAUGAGACCAUAUUAGAUUAUGAAGCCCUCUUGUGGACGGUAGCCUAGACCGAGUCUAGUCUACGGGGAUGUGUGGAGUUUAGGUCGGUAGGGUUGGUACCCGCUGCUGCUAAGUUGGUCCGAACAAAGUCAGUGGAGGCUCAGUUUAGAGUAAAUAUUAAGCUUGCUAUUUCAUUGAUAUUUUACUUUCCUAACUAAAUAAAUUAUAACACCCACCAUUUCAUUUAUUUUCUGCUUUGUAAACUUAUUAGCACAUUGAGCAAUGAAGGAUGAGCUGAUAGAGCCAUUGGUAUAGUCCUGAAUUUGAAUGUAAAUGGUUUGACUCUAGGGCACAGUCUCAUCAAAUUAGUCUUCACCAGCAGAAUGAAAUUGUGUUUAGCCACCUCACCCUAAUUUAUCAGACCCCCUCCCUAUUCUUUAGAGGUGAUCUUCAACACUUACUGUGACAUAAAUCCCUGCUACCAAUGCACCUCUGGUAAUACUGGUUAUAUCUAAAUACUACGUACUGUGACAGAGCUCCUGUGCUGCUACUGAGUACCUCUGCCAGAGUGGCCUUCACGGCUCUCCAGAAGUCUGUGACACGGGAGCUUCCGUCACACAUACACUGGUACAUUGUAAAGAAGGCAUCUCUCCAAAGAUGACCGUUUCAAUUGUAACAGCUCACUUGCUUGAAUACGUUAAGCUAAUUAGGAUAAUUUCAUGGUGGUGUACCUUAAAAGAGC